AUGAGUUAUAAAACCAAAGGAAAGGAUCGUGAUCACGAGAGCAGCAAAUCCCGCAACAGUGUGUCGGGAUUAAAUAAAGGGCGCGACAAGGAACGCGAACGCAAAAGUGAAUACGAUGGCAAGGAGCGGUAUUCGGAGAAGGGCAAUUUUAGCACAAAGGAACGCCACCGCAGCCGGAGUCGGGAGCGUAGCAACGAACGGCGUGAUGGACGCCGCAGCAGCAAAGAUCGACACGGACGGAAACACAGCCGGACGCGUGACGACAGCCGGGAGCGUGAUCACCGCAGACGGGAGCACCGUGAACGGGAACGACGCAGCCGAAGUCGCAGCCGGGAUAGGAAGCAUCGCAGCAGCGGCGGUAGUGGUGUAAAUGGUAGUGGUAGUGGUGGUAGCCGGGAUGAUCGCGACCACCGUCACCGCUCCCGCGAGCACACGGAGGACCCGCGCAGAGCGAUCGAGAGCAGCAGCAGCAGCGUCCGGAUGGACAGUCCGGAAAACUAUGAGUACAAGAGCAUGGAGUUUACGCAGAACGUUAUUUCGACGAUGUUGCUAACCGCGGCGACAGCGAGUGACUUUGCAAAAUUACUAAACAGUUAUAGCCAACAGCAGCAGAUACAGGCACAGCAGCAACAGAUCCAAACCCAGCAGGCAUUGUUCGAGCAGCACAACGAAAAUAGCUGCUCCUCGGUCGGAUCAAAAGGUGAGAAUGGCGUUACCGGUUCGCAAGCGAUAUGUAAUGGCAACAGCAGCGGUGGCGAGGGCGGUGAAUCUUCCCGGCGACGUAAGAAAAAGUCGCGAUGGGCCGGUGGUGAUCACGAUAAAACGUUCAUUCCCGGAAUGCCAACGGUACUGCCAUCAACGCUGACACCCGACCAGCAGGAAGCGUACUUAGUGCAACUGCAAAUAGAGGAAAUAAGCCGCAAGCUACGCACGGGUGAUCUCAUGAUACCGCAGAACCCGGAAGAAAGGUCGCCGUCGCCCGAACCGAUUUACAGUAGCGAUGGUAAGCGGCUGAACACGCGCGAGUUCCGCACGCGCAAGAAGCUGGAGGAACAGCGGCACCAGCUGAUUCAGCGCAUGCAGUCACUGAAUCCCGACUUUAAGCCCCCUUCGGACUACAAACCGCCAGUAAUUCGUGUCAGCGACAAGGUGCUGAUCCCGCAGGAGGAGUAUCCGGACAUAAACUUUGUCGGUUUGCUGAUCGGUCCGCGCGGCAACACGCUGAAGGCGAUGGAGAAGGACACCGGGGCGAAGAUCAUCAUCCGCGGCAAGGGUUCGGUAAAGGAGGGUAAGGUUGGGCGUAAGGAUGGUCAGCCGCUGCCGGGUGAGGAUGAACCGCUGCACGCGUUCAUCACCGCCAGCAACCCGGAAGCGGUGAAGAAGGCGGUCGACCGGAUCAAGGACGUUAUCCGGCAGGGCAUCGAGGUGCCGGAAGGGCACAACGAUCUGCGUCGGAUGCAGCUGCGCGAGCUGGCCCAGCUGAACGGUACGCUGCGCGAAACGGACGGACCACGAUGCAACAACUGUGGCUCGAACGAGCACAAGAGCUGGCUGUGCCCGGACAAACCGAACAUCACGAACAACAUCGUCUGUUCCGCGUGCGGCGGUACCGGCCACAUUGCACGCGACUGUCGCAGCAAGCGUCCCGGCCACGGUGGACCACCAACGGCCAGCGGUGGAGGUGGCAGCACCGCUACGAAGAUCGACGAAGAGUACAUGAGCCUGAUGGCGGAGCUUGGUGAGGCGCCACCGCCGCAGGACAACAACCACGGCUACGGUCACGGUGGUGGGAAUAGUAACGGGGGUGGGGGCGGUGGCGGUAACGGUGGUUCCCGCGGUUCCUACAAUAUGUUCGAACCGCGGUCGGCACCACGUCCACUGAUGGCAACACCGCACCAUCCACCCUCGCUGAUGGGCAACAGCCAACAAACGUCGAACGGCGGCAGUGGUAACACCACCCAGCCUGGCAAUGGUGCCGGCGGUGGGAGUGGAGGCGGAGGUGGAAGUGGUGGUGGUGCUAAUUCCGGCAACAGUCACCAGUGGCCACCAAUGAUGCCGAUGCCACCCAUUCCACCAUCGUUGCCCACACCACCGCCGCCUCCACCGGCCGUCCCUUCGCUGAUGCAGUGGACACCACCACAGCCACCCUUACCACCGAACGGUGACGCGAUGGUACCGGCACCGAACCACCAUUCGUACAGUGCCGGUGUCGCACCGCCUGGCCUGGGUGGGUGGGGCAAGGGUAGCGGCAGUUUGCUGCCGUCCGGGUGGCCACCAGCACCGAACGGGUUCGUACCACCGCCGCCCGGGCCGGCACCACCGCCACCACCGAUGACCGGCAUGCCAUCACACAUUUUAGCACCGCCACCACCACCACCACCCUCCUAA